GGCGGCGGCGGCGGCGGCGGCGGGGGGCGCGCGGCUCCGGGCGCGGCGCCUGCACCAUGAACUACCAGCAGCAGCUGGCCAACUCGGCUGCCAUCCGGGCCGAGAUCCAGCGCUUCGAGUCGGUCCACCCCAACAUCUACUCCAUCUACGAGCUGCUGGAGCGCGUGGAAGAGCCGGUGCUGCAGAACCAGAUCCGGGAGCACGUCAUCGCCAUCGAAGAUGCCUUUGUGAAUAGCCAGGAAUGGACAUUAAGUCGAUCUGUUCCGGAGCUCAAAGUGGGAAUCGUGGGUAACCUGGCCAGCGGCAAGUCGGCCCUGGUGCACCGGUAUCUGACCGGCACUUACGUCCAGGAGGAGUCUCCCGAAGAUAUGGAUGCAGGUGGCAGAUUCAAGAAAGAAAUUGUUGUUGAUGGACAGAGCUAUCUGCUGCUGAUUAGAGAUGAAGGGGGCCCCCCAGAGGCGCAGUUUGCCAUGUGGGUGGACGCUGUUAUAUUUGUCUUCAGCUUAGAGGAUGAGAUCAGCUUCCAGACCGUUUACCACUACUACAGUCGGAUGGCCAACUACCGGAACACGAGCGAGAUCCCUCUGGUUCUGGUGGGGACGCAGGAUGCCAUAACUUCCACCAACCCGCGGGUCAUCGACGACGCCCGGGCGCGGAAGCUGUCCAGCGACCUGAAGAGGUGCACCUACUACGAGACGUGCGCCACCUACGGGCUGAACGUGGAGCGCGUGUUCCAGGACGUUGCCCAGAAGAUCGUGGCCACGAGGAAGAAGCAGCAGCUGUCCAUAGGGCCCUGCAAGUCGCUGCCCAACUCCCCAAGCCACUCGUCUGUCUGUUCUGCACAGGUGUCCGCCGUGCACAUAAGCCAGACGAGCAACGGAGGCGGGAGCUUAAGCGACUAUUCCUCCUCUGUCCCGUCGACACCCAGCACCAGCCAGAAGGAGCUUCGAAUCGACGUCCCUCCCACAGCCAACACGCCCACACCCGUCCGGAAGCAGUCCAAGCGCCGGUCCAACCUUUUCACCUCUCGGAAAGGGAGUGACCCAGACAAAGAGAAGAAAGGCCUGGAGGGCCGAGCAGACAGCAUCGGGAGCGGUCGAGCCAUCCCAAUUAAACAGGGCAUGCUGCUGAAGCGAAGUGGCAAAUCUUUGAACAAGGAGUGGAAGAAGAAAUACGUCACCCUGUGUGACAACGGCGUGCUGACCUAUCACCCGAGUUUACAUGAUUACAUGCAGAAUGUUCAUGGUAAAGAGAUUGAUCUUCUGAGAACCACUGUGAAAGUCCCAGGGAAGAGGCCACCCCGAGCCACGUCGGCCUGCGUGCCCAUCUCCAGCCCUAAAACCAAUGGCCUGUCCAAGGACAUGAGCAGUUUACACAUCUCCCCAAAUUCAGGGAAUGUCACUAGCGCGUCUGGGUCUCGGACGGCAAGCGGCGUCAGCCCGGGCCCCUCCAGCAGCCGGCCAGACGGCAUGCAGCAGCGCUUCUACUCCGUCUCCAGUGCCGACCAGUGGAGUGAGGCCACGGUCACUGCAAACUCGGCCAUCAGCAGUGACACGGGGCUGGGCGACUCCGUGUGCUCCAGCCCAAGUAUCUCCAGCACCACCAGCCCCAAGCUCGACCCGCCCCCCUCCCCUCACGCCAACAGAAAGAAGCACCGAAGGAAGAAAAGUACCAGCAACUUCAAAGCCGAUGGUCUCUCGGGCACCGCUGAAGAACAAGAAGAAAACUUUGAGUUUAUCAUCGUGUCCCUCACUGGCCAGACGUGGCACUUUGAAGCCACCACGUAUGAAGAACGAGACGCGUGGGUCCAAGCCAUCGAGAGCCAGAUCCUCGCCAGCCUACAGUCCUGUGAGAGCAGCAAGAAUAAGUCCCGACUGACGAGCCAGAGCGAGGCCAUGGCCUUGCAGUCGAUACGGAACAUUCGAGGGAAUUCCCACUGUGUGGACUGCGAGACCCAGAAUCCUAACUGGGCCAGUUUGAACCUGGGAGCCCUCAUGUGCAUCGAGUGCUCGGGGAUCCACCGGAACCUUGGCACCCACCUUUCUCGAGUCCGAUCUCUGGACCUCGAUGACUGGCCCAUCGAGCUCAUCAAAGUGAUGUCAUCCAUCGGGAAUGAGCUGGCCAACAGCGUCUGGGAAGAGAGCAGCCAGGGGCGGACGAAGCCCUCGCUGGACUCCACAAGGGAGGAGAAGGAGCGGUGGAUCCGGGCCAAGUACGAACAGAAGCUCUUCCUGGCCCCCCUGCCCUGCACGGAGCCGUCCCUGGGCCAGCACCUGCUGCGGGCCACCGCCGACGAGGACCUGCGGGCCGUCAUCCUGCUGCUGGCGCACGGCUCCCGGGACGAGGUGAACGAGACCUGCGGGGAGGGGGACGGCCGCACCGCGCUGCACCUGGCGUGCCGGAAGGGGAACGUGGUGCUGGUGCAGCUCCUGAUCUGGUACGGGGUGGACGUCAUGGCCCGCGACGCCCACGGGAACACGGCGCUGGCCUACGCCCGGCAGGCGUCCAGCCAGGAGUGCAUCGACGUCCUGCUGCAGUACGGCUGCCCCGACGAGCGCUUCGUGCUCAUGGCCACCCCCAACCUGUCCAGGAAGAACAAUAAUCGCAACAACAGCAGCGGGCGGGUGCCCACCAUCAUCUGAGGACCGCCGGCCCGCCGCGCCCGGGCCCCUCCUCAGCCUCGCGCCUCGCCCCGAAGUCACGACACGUGAGUCCCGUCGCAUCCCCACUCUCUUCCCGGCGGUCACCCGCCCACCCGCCCUCACCCUGCGCGAAAUCACAAAAGCCUGACCGCCCUCACGGGGCGAAGAGGGAGGCCAGGAGGCUGCGAGACCGACUCCUUUUCCCGAACUCCCCCCCACCGCCCACAACGGGCAGGAGCUGCCGGUGGUCCUCGGUUUCUUGAUGAUAGCACACGGCGAGGUAGCCGGGUCCAGCGGCCCGUGGACACAGAGCACGGCACAAGGGACGGGGACGCGAGGGGGAGGGGAGGCGAGGAGCAAGGAGAAGGGUAACUCUCCUUAACCGGCAGUUAAGCACAUCAGUACAUUUCACCUCUUCCAAACGGAACACGCGGAUUUCAUCUCUUCUCCGAGGAGCUUGACGGCAUAAAUCAGAGGCAAAGCAGAGUUUGUCAGGUUUGAAGCCCCUAUGAUGGUAUGUGUCAAAUCAGUUGUAGCUAAUCUGUCCAGAGAGAAUACUGGCUUCAUUACGCUUGUGUAGUAGAGUUCUUCCAGCAUUACCGCUGUUUAAUAGAACAUGAUUAGUCAUCACCGAGGAAAAAGCAUAUUAGCCGAAGAGGUAGUUACACCGCACGCUCUGAUGCUUGCCCCGAUGUGAUUGCAAUACUUCUUAGAAGCAUCAUAUUAUCCCAGACAUGUUCUUUCGAGCCCUUGGAGCCCUCCUUUCUAAAUUCACUGUCAUAAUUUAGUAUCUGUUUAAUUUUUCAGUCCAAAGAGAGGAAAUCAGUUGCUGCGUAUUCUGAGAUUGCCGUCUCCCUCCUUGGUGCAAAAAACAAAAUGGAAAAAAUAAAUUAGGGUAGCUCAGAAAUUCAACAGGAAAUCACGAAUCCAAGCUAAUAAUAACACUUUGAGUACAUAUAAUAAACUAACUGAAGGCAUAAAAGGCUAUAUAUAUAUAUAUAUAUAUAUUUUUUUUUUUUUUUUUUUUUUUGACCCCAGACAUCAGAUCUUACUUCCUUUUGCCAAGGUGGAGGCCUUGGGUCUCAGUCACUUCUGGGCCCCACCGAGUGUCACCCAGGCUUCCGUGUUCUGUCCUUAGAUAAGAUUGUGAAAAUCUAUUUGAAUAAAAGAAGUUCAUAAAUAUGCAUUGAUUUUUGUACAGACAAAUGUCACCUCUGUUAAUUUAUAAAUUGAACUGGAUGUGAACUAAUAAUGUACAACUAGUUGCGAUGCGAGGGUCACAGAUCAUUGUACGCGGAAGCCACUCCCAGCAGCAAAUGCUUCCAUUAAUGUGACAGACAGCCUCUGAAGAGGAGCGCAUCAGAAGACGGUGGUAUGAUUUGCUUAUUAAAAUCGAGGAGGGAAAAAAACAACCAGACACUGAGGCAUAUCAGAGACGAGGAAGGAGGCAUGUGAUUUCCCAUCAUUUUCAACCUGAUAGCACUUCUGCUGACCCAGAGGAAGGGGCCACGGCCAAGCGGGGGGCGCUUUUCUGAAUCCCAGACCCGUGCACUCUGCAGUGGCAGUUCGGGACCGGCCACCCGCAGGUCUGCGGCACCUGCCGGCCGGCGAGAAUCACUAAGGCCUGACUUGGCGGCCGGGCCCUCCGUCCUGUUGAUUAGCACGUCCCCUGACCUGCUGUCACUAAGCGGCAUCAGGCUGCUUCAGACGUUAGCUCCCUUCAUCCUGGCCAAAUCGUGACACCCUAGGUUCAGAAGGAAGGGGGUGGCUCUGCCCGGAGGAGAGGGUUGUCCGAUUGGAAGGCGCCCCUGGACACUGGUGGCCCCAGAACCAGGGUCGCACUAGGCUGGCAGCCCCCCGGGGGGGUCUCCUGCUCUCAUAUAGCAAACCUUCUAUUUUGUAAGAGUUUUUCCUCUUCUUUCACUUUAAAAAAAAAAAAA